AUGCUUACAGAAGGAUUUUCUCAUUCAUUGGUGUGGAUCACCAUUAGAGGUUGCACAAGGAUUCCUUUGACAGCUUUGGUUUACAACAACCGGGAUGAGCAUGAAAGAGAUCCUAGGAGGGUGAGGCGUNUUCCAGCAACUGUGACUGGAUGCAUCGUUAGCAAAACGUUAGAACAAAAUGCGAUCAAACUUGUCCACCGUUGGCAAUAUAUUGCACACAAGCUGCCUGACGAAACAUACUCCUCGGUUGCCUUAAGAAGAGUGAAUUCUAGUCAAGAUGGGAAAAAGACUGUUCUAGCUUCCUUUAGAUUAUUCUUUCUCGGUGGCGUUGAUGAGCUUGUUCCAUUGAUGCAAGAGAGAUUUUCGGAGCUUGGACUAGUAAAGGAAGAUUGCACUGAAAUGAGUUGGAUUGAAUCUAUUCUCUACUUUGGCCAAAUUAGGAAUAAAUCCUUGGAUGUUUUACUUGAUAGGACUUUUCAAAGUCCUCUCGUUAGUCCAGCCUUCAAAGCAAAAUCUGACUACGUAAAGGAACCUGUUCCUGAAAUUGCGUUAGAAGGGCUAUGGUCAAAGCUUUAUGAGGAAGAAGCAAAAUCUGCCGGUGUACUUUUUGUGGCUUAUGGGGGGGAAAUGGAUGAGAUUCCAGAGACUGCAACUCCAUUUCCGCAUAGAGCUGGCAACUUAUACAAAAUCUUAUACGCUGUAGGUUGGCAAAAAGAAGACAACAAAAAUUCCCAGAGGUACGUAAGUUGGAUUAGGAGAGUUUAUAGCUAUAUGAGUUCCUUUGUUUCAAAAUCACCUCGAGAGGCAUAUAUCAAUUAUAGAGAUCUUGACAUUGGAACUAACAACAAAGAUAACACUAGUUAUGCACAAGCAAGUGUUUGGGGUCAUAAAUAUUUUAAGAAUAACUUUGAUAAGUUGAUAAGUGUGAAAACAAUGAUUGAUCCAGAAAAUUUCUUCAGACAUGAACAAAGCAUCCCUCCACUUUUGUCCAGAUGGAAGAAAAGAGGCAAUUAGAGUGUAUAUAACCUUGGUGGACGCUUUUAAUUAGAAAAGCACACAUCAUAGCUCUAAAUAAAAUGUUUGAUUAGUUCUUUGUUACCAUUUCUGGCUGGCAUAAUGCAUGAGUAGUAUGCAUAACCCAUUAAUUACCUUUGGUUGAAACAAGUUAAUGUGUGUUGACAAUGAUAAAUCUUAGCCUUUCUUUCUCCAGAUUUCAUUAUUAGAUACAAAAACAUGCAAAUACAUGUAUAAUUUUAGCUUUUGGCCCUUGUAUGUUCUAAAAGAUUCAGAAUAGUGUAAUGCAGCACAUUUUUCUCA